GUGAUUUAAUUUUACGCGGCGCGUUUCUCGCGAGAUCAACGCGGACGUAGAAAUAAACAGAAGAAAGGAGAAGUAGUGUUGAGUGGACGCAUAAUUUCGUUAUGGCUUCGCCGAAUAAGAAGGUAAAAAAACCCGAGGAUCCCGGGGAUGAUACGGAAGGACGAGACUACGACCUUGGAAUUCAAAAGGCCCUGGAGGAGAUAGACGGCUGUCAGAAUCAAAUCGAUGGACUCAACGAGAAGGCGAGCGACGAGAUCCUCGAAGUCGAGAAGAAAUACAACAAACUGCGCAAGCCUUACUUCCAAAAGCGAAAUGAUAUCAUCAAGAGGAUACCCCAAUUCUGGGUCACUGCUUUUGUUAAUAAUAAAAAAAUAGCUGACAUCCUAGAAGAGGAAGAAGAAGAGGCCCUUCGAUACUUGAAUAAAUUGGAGGUGGAGGAGUUUGAGGACAUAAAAUCCGGCUACAGAAUCAAUUUCCACUUUGAGGAAAAUCCGUACUUUGAAAAUGACGUUCUGACCAAGGAAUUUCACCUAGGCUCAUCAGGAGAUCCAGCCUCGCACAGCACGACAAUUCGUUGGAAAGAAGGGGCAGAUUUAGUGAAAAGCGCAAAGGCCAAGGCUGCUAUUAAGGGUAGAAAAAGGCCGCUUAUUCACCGAACGUUUUUCACCUGGUUCGCGGAUCACGGCGAUCCAAGUUCAGAUGAAAUCGCUGAACUUAUCAAAGACGACCUGUGGCCCAAUCCCUUACAGUAUUAUUUGGCUCCCGACAUUGAUGGUGAGAAUGGAAUCGAUGGUGAUGGAGAGGAAGGUGACAGUGAGGAGGAAGAGGAGGAGGAGGAUGGAGUAGGAGAAGAGGGUGAGGAAGGUGUCGAGGUUGAGGAAGGCGAGGACAGUGUAGAAAUCAUGGAAGACGGACCGGAAGAAGAAGAGGAAGAGGAAGAAGAGGAGGAGGUCGUGAAUGAAAAUGAAGAUGGUGAAGAACCUGAAUAGAUACAAAAGGUAAACCCUAUGGUACAGAACAACCGGCAAACAUUUCGAAAGAACAAUUUAAGAAACGGAAACAUUCUCGCAGAGAAAUGUAGAGUAAGGUUUUUCGCGCGCAAUUACAAACACCUGCCUGGAGUCAUUAUAUAUUUUA